AUGUCUCCAGUGGUGACCAAUCUCACUGUCGUGACACAAUUCAUCCUCCUGGGGUUCCCCACUCAUGGGGCCAUGGGCUUCUUGCACCCACUGCUCUUCUCCCUGGUCUACCUGUGCGCCCUGCUGGGGAACGGGCUGAUUGUUGUCAUCACGACCAUGGACCAGCAUCUCCACACACCCAUGUACUUCUUCCUGAGGAGUCUGUCCUUUACGGAUCUCUGCCUCAUCACAACCACAGUCCCCAAGUCCAUUGCCAGCUCUCUGAUGCACAGCAGCUCUAUCUCAUUUCUGGGCUGUGUUGUCCAGGUCUUCAUGAUGGUUAUUUCAGCAGGUACAGAGAUGACCCUGCUCACGGUGAUGAGCAUUGACCGCUAUGCUGCCAUCUGCCACCCCCUGCACUAUGACACCAUCAUGAGUAGGUACAGGUGUGUGCAGCUGACAGUUGUGUCCUGGCUGGGUGGGGGUCUCUAUGCUGUGAUGUUCACUGUUGGCACCUUCUCCUUGUCCUACUGUGGGUCCAACGUGGUCCACCAGUACUUCUGUGAUGUCCCUCAGUUACUGGCUAUUUCAUGCUCAGGAAAUGUAAUGAACAAACUUGCACCCAUUCUCAUUAGUGCGGUGUUGAGUAUCUGCUGUUUCAUUUUCAUUGUUAUUUCCUAUGUCCACAUCUUCUCUGCUGUCAGGAAGAUCCCAUCCACAGAAGGUAAGGCCAAAGUCUACUCCACGUGCCUUCCCCACCUGCUGGUUGUCGUGCUGUUUCUCUCCACUGGAUGCUUUGCUUAUCUGAAGCCGACCUCAGGGACCCCGUCCAUGUCUGACCUGGUCAUUUCUAUGUUCUACACUGUGGUGCCCCCCACCUUUAAUCCCGUCAUAUACAGUCUGAGGAACCAAGCCUUGAAAAUGGCUCUGGCGAGACUGAAAAAUGGCCAGUACACCAAGAAGUGA